AUGACAUGUGAUAAAUCCUCACAUUAUGAUGCAUGGCCAAAGCAUGUUCUCGGAGCCGCUACUUUCUUGGGCUAUCUGUGUUCUGCAAAUGGCCUGCCCCAGUCGCCAGUGACCGAAAUCGUGGAUAUUUGCUUUAAUACUAUACUUGCAUGUCUUGUCAGCAACACGCUUGUCCCAGAAUAUCUGCUGCAAUUAUCCCAUCGAUUCGAACCGUGUCUUGGCCCUCAUGAAAAUGACCAAAGACCAUUGACACUCGCAAUGAAGUUAUUCGACAUUAUGGGCCCGCUGGUGAAUUUCCAUAACUUGGGAAAACACGGCACACUUUUUCAAAGUCAACUAGUUUCAUUUGCCAUGCAUAGCACCCAAGCCCUGCACGAUUGGGUCAAUUCCCUCCCUGCUUCAUGGGAUUACGAGAAGCGCAGGGGCAACGCAUAUGAUUCUUAUGAGAAUAUCUGGUUCGCUCAAAUUUGGAACUACUAUCGUUUGGCUCGCAUACUCGCCAAUCGCAUGAUUAUUGACAAUCUUGACAUCCCGUCCUGUUCGGGACUGGACACAAUAAGUGGUGACGUUGAAAUAAGUUGCGACGACUUGAUUUCCACAAACGCGUGCAUGUUGCAGGGUAUAUACGACACAUUUCCCUUCAUGUUUAACUCGGAGUGUGCGUCUUCCGCCUCAAUGCCACUUUCGGCAAGCCUGUUCUCGAUGACAAGCAUUUUGCAAUCUUUGUCCAAGAUAACAGACAAGAUGACUCUGUUGACGACAUGGUCGAUACCUGCGAGUAAGGAGCUCGGGGAAAGAUUCACACUCACGAAGGACAUCGUGAAUCAAAAUCUCCAUUAG